CAUUCAUAUCCCUCGUUUGAUUCAUUUUUUUCCAAAGAAUAUAUAAAUCAUUCUUUUAUUCUUUAUUCUUUCAAGCUCCUCUCUGUUUUCUUGGUGCCAUUUAUUGUGUUUGAUGCCCACAAGGGGAUUUCAAUAUUAAAUUUAUAGUUUUUGGAAUUAUCCUUUUCCUUUCAUUAUAUUUGUGUGGCCAUGGGUCUUGAAGUUGGGUGCUUAAGCUUCAAACUCAAAGACGGAGGCUUGACAUCAAGAACCAACAGUUUCAACGCUAUUGGUUCUACGCAUCAGAAUUCUCCUAAGAUCACUAUGGAGCGGUCGUUGAGUUUCAACAGCUGGGAGGUUCCUAAAGAGACCAAGACUGAUUCAGAUUUUGAGGCCUUGGAGACAAAGAAGUCAACUCCUAACACUUUGAAUGGACGAAACUGUGAGAGAAUCCAAAUAAAGAAACCGACAGUUACUCCACCUGAGCCUUUCGUGUUCUUCUCCCCUAGACCGGUCACCGAGCUUGAUGCAGCUGCAACUACCCUACAAAAGGUGUAUAAGAGUUACCGGACAAGAAGGAACCUAGCAGAUUGUGCAGUCGUUGUUGAGGAGCUCUGGUGGAAGACUUUGGAUGGUGCAGCUCUGGAUUUGAGCUCUGUGUCUUUCUUUGAAGAAGAAAAACGCGAGACCGCUGUUUCGAAAUGGGCACGAGCUAGAACAAGAGCUGCUAAGGUUGGGAAAGGCUUAUCAAAAGAUGAAAAGGCUCAGAAAUUAGCGCUUCAGCACUGGCUAGAAGCUAUUGACCCACGUCAUCGUUAUGGCCACAACUUGCAUUUCUAUUACGAGGUCUGGUCAGAGAGCAAGAGCUCACAGCCAUUCUUUUACUGGUUGGAUAUAGGAGACGGCAAAGAUGUAAAUCUUGAGAAACACCCAAGAAGUGUUCUGCAAAAACAGUGCAUCAGUUACCUAGGACCUAUGGAGAGAGAAGCAUAUGAAGUGAUAGUGGAAGAUGGGAGACUAAUGUAUAAACACAGCAUGACUCUGAUCAAUUCAACAGAGGAAUCCAAGUCGAUUUUUGUACUCAGCACGACUAGAACCUUGUACGUAGGGAUUAAAAAAAAAGGCCGUUUCCAGCAUUCAAGUUUCUUAUCAGGAGGCGCCACUACAGCUGCAGGAAGAUUGGUCGCUCGUGAUGGGAUCCUUGAGGCUAUAUGGCCAUACAGUGGACACUAUCUCCCAACAGAAGACAACUUCAAGGAGUUCAUAAGUUUCUUAGAGGAGCACAAUGUUGAUCUCACGAAUGUUAAGAGAUGCUCUGUGAAUGAGGAGUAUUCGUCAUUCAAAUCCACUGCGGACGAAGAGGAAGGACCAAAAGAGAACUCAGAAGAAGUUGAGAUGCCUACAGAGCAAGAAGAGAGAGCGAGACCAGUGUUUGAUCCUGUAAAGAGACUGUCCUGCAAAUGGACAAGUGGAUAUGGUCCAAGAAUUGGGUGUGUUAGAGAUUACCCAAUGGAGCUGCAAGCACAAGCACUUGAGCAAGUUAGCCUCUCUCCUCGGAGUUCGCCAGCUAAUUCUUAUGGACCAAUUCCAUCUCCGAGGCCUAGUCCUAAAGUGAGAGUGUCUCCACGCUUAGCAUACAUGGGGAUCCCAAGCCCUAGGGCUGUUAAGUGUUGAAAUUUAAAACACACCUUUUAACUUGCGCUCCAAGAAACUGAGAAAGGGUGAGGUUAGAGGAGAAGAGAAACUGACCGACCUCCAUUUUUCUUUCUUUUGUAUUUUUCUCGAAUUUGCAACAUUUUGUUGCUUCUCUUGAUAUAUUCUCUUGUUAGAUCAUAAAACAGUCGACUUGUGGCCCGUUUAGAUCAUUUGGUUCAAUUGAUCGUUUGUAAAGUUUCAAAACGUUAAUUUAUUUUAAUCAAUUGGCGAUUAAAAAAUAA